AUGUCGUUCGUGUCACUUAAAAUUUCGAGCAGCUAUGGAUACCUCCAUCAAAAAGGUGUUGGAAAUGGACGAUUUCUAUCUUCCAACAGGGCGUUUCCUAGAAAAAAUAUACAUAGACCAGAAGGCGCGAAUAAUGAAGCUAAUGUCUGGGCUUAUAAGGUUGAGAUAGAGGAUACUAAGCCCGAAAUGUCCAAGAGUCGGCCACUCGCUGGUCGUACAAUUACUUUUAAGGAUUGUGUAGAAGUUGGAAAAGUUCCUCAAAUCGGUGUUUUGGAAGCCGGUGCUAAGAUUGUAGGUUUAGCUACUUGCGAAAACCAGUGUACUUCGACUUCCUCCAGCACUUCCUCUACUGGCAAUGUGCCUAACCCCUAUGGAAAAUCUCAUUCUGCCGGUGUUGGUUCAGGAGAAGUCGACCUUGCCGUAGGUGCUGAUCAAGGUGGUUCCAUCAGGGUGCCAAGUUGCCAAUAUGGCAUUAUUGGAUUGAAGCCAACUUUUGGUCUUAUUCCGUACUCGGGUAUCGGUAGCAACGAGGUCAACAAUGAUCAUGCUGGUCCAAUGAUAAAAGAUGUACUCGACAAUGCGCUUUUACUCAGUGUAGUUGCUGGUGUAGACGGAUUUGACGACAGACAGAUGGGUGAACCACUAUACAGAGACGUACCUAACUACAUGAAUAUGUUGAAGGAAAGUUCCAUCAAAGGUAUGAAAAUUGGAAUCUUGAAGGUAUCAUUGGAAGUGUCAGCUAUGACAGAAGCAAUGAAGCAAAAAUUAUUACAGCAAGCAAAGUUGUGGGAAGCAUUGGGAGCUGAAGUCGUUGAAGUUUCUAUACCUUACCAUCACAUCGCUCCUGAAAUCUGGAUGACUGGACAAAGAGUAGCAGGUGCCGUCCGAAAAUUGGGCAUGCAGUGUGGGAGACGUGUAGUUCAGUCUGUAAAGCCAUUGAUCACUGUUACCCCUGGACUGAAGAAUCUUUCGACAAAGCACCAGUUAACGUCAAAAACGGUCUUAUCAACGCAUCCAGGCAUCUAUUUAAAAACAAUUAACAUCAGUUUCAAAGCUAGAGCUGAAUAUGACAAUGCUCUUAGUACUGUUGAUUUAUUGAUUAAACCAACAGUUCCCUUUGCUGCUCCACGUAAUGGUGACAGGAAUGCUAAUCCCAUAACGAGAAUUAAGAAUACUAUUGGUCUAAAUGCGAACACAGGUAUUUUCAAUAUUACUGGCCACCCAGCAUUAACUUUUCCAAUGGAAUUCCUGGCUUCUCAAGAAGAUCCAGAUAUGAAGUUUCCCGUUGGCAUACAAAUCAUAGUCUAUGCAUUUGCAUAUGAAUGGGAAAAAGCAUACAAUUGGAAGGUCUACUAG